UUUCAGAUUCCGUUCUUCUGCUGCUUCCUAUGACAAAUGUGCGUAGUUUUUAUAGAUUUUGAGUUUGUAUUUCUGCUUUUUCUUCUAGCAGGAAAAAAAAAUGUGUUCUUUCUUUUAUGAUUGCUGUGAUCAGAAAUUGGGUGAACCUCUGCUUCUCCUCUCUUUAGGUUAUAGAACUGUAUUUUCGAGAAUGUCCGAUGGACCGCGUCAUUCUGCUGAUAUUCCUCUCUCUAAAGCUCUUGUUGCACUUAGAAGAGUUCGAUCACUGAGGGACCCAUCAACAAACUCCAUGAGCAAAUUCACUGCUUUUGUUGACAAUUUGAGCUGGGAAGCCAAUUCUUGCCAUGGUAUGCUGAACAGUUGCCAUGAAGGUGGCCUGAAGAAUCACAGUUUUCAUGACUCUCAGAACUUCAGUUUAGAUGGAAGGAAAGUUGAGUUUGACGGUGACCCUGAAUUGGGUUUUAGUUCAAGAAGAUCUAGUUGCAAGUCAGUUUUAUCAAAGAACACACAUAAUAUAGGAAUUAGAAGCUCAGACAUCCGAGAAUAUUCUAAAUCAAAAUGUGAUGUGAUCCAUGGGAACAAAUCAUCCAGUGAAAUCCAUUUCGGUAAUCAUAGGGACAAAGCAUUACAGUUGGCAUGUGUGCCUACUUCCAGUGACCAUAUGGAGCAUGUUGAUUCAUAUGGCGAACCAGCUUUAGGAUCUGGACGCUUAGAAAGAGUUGAUCCUACUGUAAAAAGGAAAUCUGGAUAUGGUGCAAGAACAAAAUCAUCUCUGGUAGAAGCCAAUGUUGUGGGGAGUAAUGUAAGUAGUCCAAAUCCAUCCGUAAGCGAUGUCCGGCUGGAAGGUUCGAGCCAUAGCACAUCACUUUUUGCAAAUGAGGAGGUGGAUCGCUAUCAUCAUGGAUGUGGAAUUAGCCGCUGCUGGUCAAGAACCCCAAGGUUGAGAGAGUCAAACCUUCCUUCUGAUUUCGAGGAUUAUCCCCUGUUAUCGAGGGAAUGCGGGGAGAUGGAUAGAUCUGGACAGGGACAGAGCUGCACAUAUAGUAAGAGAAAAAUUACUCAUUAUUCAGGCAGUCCUAGCAACUUCUGUCAGAAAUUCAGGCCAAGAUCUUUCAAUGAUUUGGUUGGACAGCACGUAGUAGCACGGUCUCUCCUGAAUGCUAUUUUAAAGGGAAGAAUAACAUCAUUUUAUCUCUUCCAUGGACCCCGUGGUACAGGUAAGACUUCAACCUCUAAGAUCUUUGCAGCAGCUCUGAAUUGUCUUUCCUUGGAGGAGCACAGGCCAUGUUGGAUCAUGAUCGAAAUUCUACUAUCCUUUGUCAUAGCUGAAGCAAACUUACAAAAGUUGAGGCAUGCCUUAAAAGUACUUUCUGAAACCGAGAAACAGUUGAGGUCAUCAAAGAAUCAGACAACCUGGCUAACAGUUGCACUCCUACAGUUAAGUUCUGUAGAAUCAUCAUCUUUGGAUGCAAAUGAUUCAAGAGUGUGCCUGAGAACUGUAUCUGAGAGAGAUGAAGGCUUCGGCCGCAUAUCUUCUACUAGAGAGAUUUUGAAACAUCCUGUGUCUUAUUUGUGUGAUGAAAACAAGUCCCAUAAUUCAGAGAUGCAUGGAGAUUGUAAAGAGAAACUAGAAAAUAUAUGGAGCAGAGUCAUGGAAAGCUGCCACUCAAAUACACUCAAGAGCUUUUUACAGAAAGAAGGGAGGUUGGCUUCUGUUUGUAUCAACCAAGGUCUGGCAAUAGCUGAAGUGGAAUUCUAUCAUCGUGAUCAUGUGUUCAGGGCAGAAAAAUCAUGGAAACUGAUUGCUGGUUUGCUUCAACAUGUGCUGGGUUGUAAUGUAGAGAUUAGAAUCAAUCUUGUUCCAUGUACUGCAACAAAGACUGCCAAAGUGAAGAAGCAAUCCUUCUGUUUGUUGAGUUGCUCCCGUGGAAUGGAAGACAAUUCAUCCUCAAUCUCAGAAGAUGGAGAUGACCAAUUCAAUGACUCUAAUUUCAUCUCUGGAAGAGUAAGAAAACGGGAAAAGUCAAUUGACAUUUGCUCUGAUUCUCAGUCCCAGAACUCAAUUAUCUGCUCUCAUAGUAAAGAAGCAGCAAAUACCUCCAGAAAUAAUGAAGUAAUUUCUCAGAGCACUGGGAUCUUCUCACUGCACAGAUCAGAGCAACAUGAUACACAAAAGGUGUCCCAUUUAGGAGUUGGCUUGAAUGAAGAAGAGGGAAACAACCAUGAGAGUCAGGUUUUUGCUAUUGAAGAACCUGAGAAUCAGCCAAGCUACUUCUCAAAGACUCUGAGGCUUCAUCAAACAUUAUGUUCAUCCAGUUCUUUGCAUACUAUUUGUUUGGAGAUCCAGCAAGACAACAAACUCGAAUUGGCUAUUCCUCGGAAGACAUAUUUUUGUUUAACUGAUCCUUAUAUUCUCUGCUCCAGUUCCAACACCCACUGUUACAGCUCUGGGGAUGAGGAUGGCCAAAGGAAGGAAUCAAGGGUGAGCUCAAGGAUACAUUGUUGGAGAGCCCCAAAGUUUCCCUUUAAAAAGGCUUGGAAGCUGAGGCAGCAGCAGCAGCAGCAGAGUUCUAAGUUAAUGGGUUGCAUCCUUUCAUGUGUGAGUGCACGGUAG